GUUGCCUGUACAUUUGCCUAGCUGUGUCAGAAGAUUCUGGUACCGAAGGUCUGAGCUCAACUUCUUUGGCAGACUUCAUAAAAUUGUCCCACUUUAAGUCUCUGGAUUCCAGCGAACAGACCAACCUAGAAUUAUCAGAGUCUGAUUUUGGUCCUGGUGCCCUGCAAGUCUCACCUGGUUCAGGCUUUUUCAGUGAGGAAAAGGAAGACUCCAAGGUCCUCCAAUCUCAGUAUUUAUGGGAAGAAGGUGGAGACAGCAAUGAUUCCAGUGUGUAUAUGGGGCCAGCAGCAGAUUACAGUUUUCCACUUGCUUCUCAAAAAGCUUUGCCCAAAGAAAAUGGAACACAAGCGAAAGACCCCCAAGGAGAACCCAUGUUUCAUCCCAUCUCUGACUCUCUUGAUCCAGACUCCGAAGCCCCUUCCACCAGAGUUCUGGAGGACGAGGAGGAAGGAUUGCUUCCUAUCAACCAGUCAAAGGGAAUGACUCAAAGCAGCCAAAUGUCAAAAACCACUUUUUCUGAAGCACCUAAAGAGGAUUCUUUAUAUUCUAUCCUGUUUUCCACCAUGGCCAGCAGAAUGGGUCCAGUAACUGAAGCAGCUACAAACAAGCAUGGGAAAGAAUCUGCGCAUGAGUAUUCUUCUUCAGGAUUUGACUUGGGAAGCAGCAUGGGACCCAGUCUCCUGCCCUUGUCUCCCAUCUUUUCAACUGAGACUACUACAGACCCCCAAUUGGUCUCAGAACUUCCUCCCAAGAUUAUCCAAGAGAGCUCAGAGGCUGCGAUAGAAAUAGCAGGGGGACAGUUAGCAACCGUAGCUGCAGUAGAAGAUGAUCUACCAGGAGGGAAAGCCACAACACAGGAGGAGAUUCCAAAACCUGUGUCAGGAACAGUUGCAGCUGAGAUGGAGCUGACAGGAGAAGAUCUAGUAGGCUCUCAUGAGGACAAUUUCCAAGUAACUGAGACUGUUUCCAGGACUCCUAACAGCCUAUCGGAUACCAGCUCUUUGGACCAUUUUUGGGACUGGACCAGUGGACGAGUCCCAACUCCAACUGCUAAUCAGAAUAGCCAGGAUGAAAAACUGCCAAUCAUCACAACUGCUGCAGUGGAAAAGAGUUUUACAGCACAAAACAGAGAUCUCCUGCUUGCCUCAGGAGUUCCCUGGAGUUUGACACAGAUUGGAAUCCAGAACUAUACAACUACAUCAAGUUGCCAGUCACGUCCCAGCCAGACACACAGCGAUUAUGGGAAGCUCUUUGUGGUGCUGGUUAUUAUCGGCUCAAUUUGUGUCAUCAUCAUUAUCAUGGGACUGAUUUACAACUGUUGGCAGAGACGCAUGCCCAAAAUGAAGAACAUGUCACACGGUGAAGAACUACGAUUUGUUGAAAACGGUUGCCAUGACAAUCCCACCUUGGAUGUAGCCAGCGAUAGCCACUCAGAGAUGCAAGAAAAGAAGCCGAGUGUAAAUGGUGGGGGAGCUGUUAAUGGACCGGAGAGCUGGGAUGUUCUGAUUAACAAGCAAACAAAUGAAGAGGGAGAGGCGUUUGAGGAAGAUACCCACCUCUAAAUGAGGACCCCACCUGUGGGGUUGCACUUGCGCUUGAUUUAAAGGCCUAGAGCUGAGGGUGGCUCCUCAGGAACUUGUUGUUUUUCCAUUUGGAAUAGAUCUGCUCUGAAGCAUUAGCACAGUCCUGGAGCCAGAAGGGCCACCUUGAGCCAAGGGGGUGGGGUGGGGGUGGGCAUGUUUGUCUCUUGCUGUCAGUAGCACCAAUGCUUUAAUCACAUUAAGAUGCACUUGCUCUAGUCUUUUGGUAGAAGAAGAGAAUGGCCAAGUUUGAAAAAUAAAUGGUGUGAUGCCCCAACACGAUGCUUCCUGAAAGAUUGGCUGAUGGAGGUAAUAGAGCAGCUGGAAGAAUUGGGUUCAUAACCUUAUAUUAAAAAGUGCAAUAGGAGAAGUCACAAUGAAAAAUGGAUCUUCCUUUGGGAUAUAAUUUUAAUAUCUUUGGUCAAUUCACCAUAGAUCCUGUUGCUCAGUUGUCCUAGUGUAGGUCUGUGAGGCUUUUUCCUAAAGCCCCCAUGUACCACAGAAGGGCAAGUGGUUAGGCUAAGGCAUCUUUUCGUGGGUAGCAAUUUUUUGAACUUCUAUGAAUGGUUGUGUUUAGGCAAGAAAUUAUAUUCUGCACAAGUCCUGGUGUUCUGUAUUGCCCUGACUUUAGGUUCUCAUUUGAUAGAUUGCAUGAUUUCCUUACCUUGGUAAUUAUCUUUGCAAUAGAAGCUCCUUAAUGUGGAUCCAAAAUUCUUAGUGGAAACUGCAGGAUUAAACAUGGCCCUGAAUUACUCUAGCUUUGUUGGUGAGAAUACAGAAAACUAUUUUCCUAUUAUAGAAUAAAUUCCUACUAACAUUUCAACAAGACUCAAUAUGUCCAGACAACAUGAUAAGCAGAGCAGAUGGUUAGUCGGGAAUACAUCAGAUGCAUACCAGUUAGCUCUUUCCUCAAACCUCUUCCAUGACCAUGGCUGGCUUUUAGUGCAUAUCAUAUUAUCUGCUCAUUUAAAUGUGUUUCUCUACCCAG